CGCCCUCCCCGCAGCCUCUCUGCCCACCGAGGCGUCCAGGCUCCACAGCUCGCUCCCGAGCGCGCCCCCGCCCGCCGCGUCAAGUGAUGCGGCCACCGACCCUGAGCUGCUGGGCCUAAGCCGAGCUAAAUUCGUUGCCGGGGGCCUCUGCGGUGCAACCACAAAGGCUAAUCCGAAGGAGGGGGUAGGCUUGUGGGGUCGAUGCUUCCUUUUCCAAUUCAGGUCGGCUCCGGUUACCGUCUCACCCUUCGCCGUUUGCGGCUCCCGGGGCGUUUGCAUGCGCUCUUUCGUGCGGGGAAGCUCCGGUGACCAUGUAGGGGAAAGCGGGAGGAAGCUCCAGCUGCCUGAGGGGAGGUCGGCGCGGUCGGCACGCCGCCUGGCACCCACCCCCUCGCGGGCCGCUGGCCCAGGUGGGAGCCCGGCCUGCAGUCGCGGCCUGACCCGGAGCGCCGCCAAGUCUCGCGCCGUCUCGCGAGAGUCCAAGUUGAAGGAACAUGGCGACGUCUAAUCUGUUAAAGAAUAAAGGUUCUCUUCAGUUUGAAGACAAAUGGGAUUUCAUGCGUCCAAUUGUUUUGAAGCUUUUACGCCAGGAAUCUGUUACAAAGCAGCAGUGGUUUGACCUGUUUUCGGAUGUACAUGCAGUCUGUCUCUGGGAUGAUAAAGGCCCAGCAAAAAUCCAUCAGGCUUUAAAAGAAGAUAUUCUUGAAUUCAUUAAGCAAGCACAGGCACGAGUAUUGAGCCAUCAAGAUGAUACAGCUUUACUUAAAGCUUAUAUUGUUGAAUGGCGAAAAUUCUUUACACAGUGUGAUAUUUUACCGAAGCUUUGUCAGCUAGAGAUUACUUUAAUGGGUAAACAGGGCAGCAAUAAAAAAUCAAAUGUAGAAGACAGUAUUGUUCGAAAGCUCAUGCUUGAUACGUGGAAUGAGUCAAUCUUUUCAAAUAUAAAAAACAGACUACAAGAUAGUGCAAUGAAGCUGGUACAUGCUGAAAGAUUAGGAGAAGCUUUUGAUUCUCAGCUUGUCAUUGGAGUAAGAGAAUCCUAUGUUAACCUUUGUUCUAAUCCAGAGGAUAAGCUUCAAAUUUAUAGGGACAAUUUUGAGAAGGCAUACUUGGAUUCAACAGAGAGAUUUUAUAGAACACAGGCACCCUCGUAUUUACAACAAAAUGGUGUACAGAAUUAUAUGAAAUAUGCAGACGCUAAAUUAAAAGAAGAAGAAAAACGAGCACUACGUUAUUUAGAAACAAGACGAGAAUGUAACUCUGUUGAAGCACUCAUGGAAUGCUGUGUAAAUGCCCUAGUGACAUCCUUUAAAGAGACUAUCUUAGCAGAGUGCCAAGGCAUGAUCAAGAGAAAUGAAACUGAAAAAUUACAUUUGAUGUUUUCCUUGAUGGACAAAGUUCCUAAUGGGAUAGAGCCGAUGUUGAAAGACUUGGAGGAGCAUAUCAUUAGUGCAGGCCUUGCGGAUAUGGUAGCAGCUGCUGAAACCAUUACUACUGACUCUGAGAAAUAUGUUGAGCAGUUACUUACACUAUUUAAUAGAUUUAGUAAACUUGUCAAAGAAGCUUUUCAAGAUGAUCCACGAUUUCUUACUGCAAGAGACAAGGCAUAUAAAGCAGUUGUUAAUGAUGCUACCAUAUUUAAACUUGAAUUACCUUUGAAGCAAAAAGGGGUGGGAUUAAAAACUCAGCCUGAAUCAAAAUGUCCUGAGCUGCUUGCCAAUUAUUGUGACAUGUUGCUAAGAAAAACACCAUUAAGCAAAAAACUAACCUCUGAAGAGAUUGAAGCAAAGCUUAAAGAAGUGCUCUUGGUACUUAAAUACGUACAAAACAAAGACGUUUUUAUGAGAUACCACAAAGCUCAUUUGACACGCCGUCUUAUAUUAGACAUCUCUGCUGAUAGUGAAAUUGAAGAGAAUAUGGUAGAGUGGCUAAGAGAAGUUGGUAUGCCAGCAGAUUAUGUAAACAAACUUGCUAGAAUGUUUCAGGACAUAAAAGUAUCUGAAGAUUUGAACCAAGCUUUUAAGGAAAUGCACAAAAAUAAUAAAUUGGCUUUACCAGCUGAUUCAGUUAAUAUAAAAAUUCUUAAUGCUGGUGCCUGGUCAAGAAGUUCUGAAAAAGUCUUUGUCUCACUUCCUACUGAACUGGAGGAUUUGAUACCUGAAGUAGAAGAAUUCUACAAAAAAAAUCAUAGUGGUAGAAAAUUACAUUGGCAUCAUCUCAUGUCAAAUGGAAUUAUAACAUUUAAGAAUGAAGUAGGUCAAUAUGAUUUGGAGGUAACAACAUUUCAGCUGGCUGUAUUGUUUGCAUGGAACCAAAGACCCAGAGAGAAAAUCAGUUUUGAAAAUCUGAAACUUGCAACUGAACUCCCUGAUGCUGAGCUUAGAAGAACUUUAUGGUCUUUAGUAGCUUUCCCAAAGCUCAAACGGCAAGUUUUAUUGUACGAACCUCAAGUCAACUCACCCAAAGACUUUACAGAAGGUACCCUCUUCUCAGUGAACCAGGAGUUCAGUUUAAUAAAAAAUGCAAAAGUUCAGAAAAGGGGUAAAAUCAACUUGAUUGGACGCUUACAGCUCACUACAGAAAGGAUGAGAGAAGAGGAGAAUGAAGGAAUAGUUCAACUAAGAAUACUGAGAACCCAGGAAGCUAUCAUACAAAUAAUGAAGAUGAGAAAGAAAAUUAGUAAUGCUCAGCUGCAGACUGAAUUAGUAGAAAUUUUGAAAAACAUGUUCUUACCACAAAAGAAAAUGAUAAAAGAGCAAAUAGAAUGGCUAAUAGAGCACAAAUACAUCAGAAGAGAUGAAUCUGAUAUCAACACUUUCAUAUAUAUGGCAUAAUUUUGAAUAUUUUGGACAAUAUUAAGAACCCAAAUUUUGAAGUGCUUGGGCAGAAAAGUUGUUACAGUUUGUGCUGGAGGAAGGUUUAUCUGGACUUUGAUUACAUAAAUAUUAAAAUCUGCCUUACCUAACAAAACAACUCUACUUUGCCAAUCCCAUUAGUCAGCAUGGUGGCAUCCCCUUCAUGUUGCACACUCAUUAACAGCAUGCUGUUUUGUGGAGAAACUUGCAUUCAUGAAGAGCCCACUAUGAACUUUGAAAAAUAAAUCUGAUUUAUACCCACAAGAAGAAAUGCCGUUGGGAAGGGUGAAAGUGGGGUUCUUGUUGCCUUUUUUUUUUUUUGGUUUGUUUCUCUUUUUAUCCUCUCUUACAAAAAUGUACUUGCACAAGGAAGGAUCUUCAGAUGUUUGUGCACUGAAAAACGCUGUUAUGUUUUGUUUUAAAAAUGCAAUUAAAACUAGAAGUAGCACUCUUGGUUUCUUUUGAUCGAAAGAGUGAGCUGGUCUACACAACAUUGGGACAGGGCAGAUGUAGUUGGAAAGAUAAGAAUUUAAUAGUAUCAAAUUUUUUGUUCAAAGAUUGUUUCAGUAUAAUGAUUUUAUUAAAAUGGUGACUUAAAAAUGGUAUUAAAUUUUUCCAACUUAAAAAUGUUGACUUUCUUUAAGCAGGAGACUAUUGUUUUUGUUGUUUGUUGUUAAAUGAUAGGGUUUUUUGUUUUUUUUUUUUUUUCUCCCUUAUAUGGCUGGAGAGCUUGUUUUGAAAAAGUAAAGAUUAUAUUGUUAUUUCAGUUGUUCAAAAAAAUGUAUGGAGAUAGGUAGAUCAUUUCAAUUUGCAAAAGAGCAAAACAAGCAUAUUAAGUGUUUACUAGGACACUUAAUAUUUAUAUACCUAAUAUUUAUUAUGCCACAUUCAAAUUUAUUAAAAAUAAGACAGAAAUCUCCUGCUCUAAUAUAAUAGUUAUGUAACUGACUUCUUAAUCUGUAGUAUAGAAAUAUUUUGAAAUUUUAAAGUCUCAUGAUGAGGAUUUUAUACCCUCAUGUUUCUGAAAAGGAAGAUAUUCUGUUUUAAAAGGUAAUAAUUAGGUAUCAGUCACCUAGGAGGAAGAGAAAAGCCACAAUGUAAGACCUGGAAAACAUAAGCAAAAUUGUUGCAUUCUGAGUAUGAGCUGUAAACUUGCCAAAUGUAUGUACAUAUAUAUUUAUAUAUUUUAAAAAUAAAAAUUUUAAAAAAUGUUCAGAAGGCAACACUUACCUUGUUCCUUUCAGUCAAUCCAAAGUAGCAACUUACUAGUUGCUGGCAACUGAAUACCCAGAGUAGUGGAGAUUUUAGGACAUGAGGACAUGAACAACUUGAGAAAAAACUUACUCCUCAUUGGGAAAGAAUGGCUCAACAUGGAUUUUAUUCAUUGUGGUGCACGUUUCAAAUUUUCUUGCAAAUUAUUUUAUAUUUUAUGUGAUAGUAUUAUUUUAAAUGAUUUUGAUGAUAGUAGGAAAUGGAGUGCUGGAGUGUUGAAAAACAUACAGUAUUAUUGCAGGGUGCUUUCAAGAGCAUUUCAUGGAAUCUGUCCCCAGUCCCAAGAAGCUUUGUGAGCUUCCUGCUGAAAGGCAAGAGAGCAAACUUAAAACAUUUAAGAUUUUGCUGGUUAUAGUCAAAUGCCUAUUUUGAAACUCGUAGGAAAUUGGAAUUUUGUUUCUAAUUUAAAAAUCUUACACUUGAGCUCUAAGGUAGCAUGUGUCAAAUUAUUAUAUCAAGCAUAUUGUGAUGAAUUAAACUAAAUUAGUACUCACUGUUUUCUCUAAUUAGAUGACUGUUACCAGUACACAAAAUUGAAAAUUAAAAAAUGUGAUAAUUUGGUAAAAAUUCUGGCCCUUAUUUUAAUGAAUAGUUUGAUAUGGCAUAUUUGCUUAUCCAAUACAAGAAUGCCAAAAGAGUAAACAAUGGAAGGAAAAACUACAGGCCAUUUCUUAAAGUUUAAGAUUAUUGUUGUUUUAAACCAGAAUUAUUCUCAGAACUUUUUUGGCAUGUCUAAUCUUUUUAGUCAUUUAAUUUAAGAAUGAGAGCCACAAUGUUUUGAUUUAUAAAGGCAAAAUUUAAUGCAAAAGUGGGUAACUCUAAAUCCAUAGCAAAGUUUUCUAUUAAAUUUUAUAAAUUUUUAAA